ACACACACCACAACACAAAAGCACACACACACACGCACACACACACAUACAUAUACACAAGUUCAGGAUAAAGUUAGGACUGGAUAUAUGCACGGACACAUACACACACAAUACACACAACCAUAAAUACAUAAACGGCCCCCACACACAUAUAUUCACGGACACACCACACACACACACAUACAUACAUACACGGGCACACACACAUAUAUACACGGAUACACACGCAUAAACAAACACACACAGACUGAAAAGAGUUAGUUGAAUAUCAGUAUAGCUUCCAGAGCAUCAAACAAAUAACCCAUUCUUGUGCACACGGACGCUACCUCAGGUAUAUCCUGUGGCCAUGACGUAACACAAGCGCAUCGUCUGUAAUUAACCUCCGAGUCGAUACUUCCUGUGUUUAGGGAAAAGGUUAUGACUGGAGGUCUUAACUAGAAAAAGGACUUAACUGGUAUUAACUGUGGGCAUGUUAUACAAUAGGCAGUGUCAGCUACACCCUACCUAUAUAAUCCUUAGGUAGUCCAACCACCUCAGUGCCGAGUUGAACAACACACCAAAGACAGACUCUCCGAGACUUAAAGGACUUUGAAGACUGAACACCUUCCUUCCAUACUGAGGUAGUCCAACCACCUGGUGACCUCAGCGCUGAGUUGAAGGACACCCUUAAGAAGGAUUCCCCAAGACGUUAAGGAGUUUGCAGACUGAAGACAACUUCCUUACUGACGCUACAUCCCGGUAUGUCUAACAAAGCGAGGAGGAUGCUGGUUCUUCUGCUGAUCAUCCUGAAGGAAGCUGGACCGACCGCAGCCUGCAGCAGCAGCUGUUCAUCAUUCUGUGACUGCAGCAGCAGAGGCCUCACCAGUGUUCCUCAGGACCUGCCUACAAACAUCACUUGGCUUGACUUACAGUACAACGCCAUCACAAACAUAAGUCAGUCUGAUUUCUUAAGGUACAAGAGCUUGACAAGAUUAGAUCUUGGUUCCAAUCAGAUCUCCAUGAUCCAAAACAAAACGUUCCAUAACUUAACCAGCCUAACUCACUUGUACCUUAACUUUAAUCAUUUAACUAGUCUCACACCUGACACAUUUGUGGGCCUUGGUGACCUGGAGUAUUUGCACCUUGGUCACAACCAGGUAACCACCAGAGGUCUGCCAGCUGGCAUCUUCGUAGGACUCAGUAAUCUGCAGUACUUGUACCUUAAUAACCAGAAUCAGUUGACUAGUCUGCCACCUGGCAUAUUUGCAGAACUUGCUAAUCUGCAGCGCUUGUACCUUUACCAGAAUCAGUUAACAACUCUCCCAGCCGGCAUAUUUUCAGGGCUUGGUAAUCUGUGGCUAUUGUCGCUUAACUCUAACCAGUUAACCAAUCUACCAGCUGACAUAUUUUCAGGGCUUGGUAAUCUGGAGACAUUGUCGCUUAACUCUAACCAGUUAACCAAUCUACCAGCUGACAUAUUUUCAGGGCUUGGUAAUCUGGAGACAUUGUAUCUUAACUCUAACCAGUUAACCAAUCUAACAGCUGACAUAUUUGCUGGACUGGGCAAUCUGCAGUACUUGCGUCUUUCCCAGAACAAGUUAUCUACUCUCCCAGCUGACAUAUUUGUAGGGCUUGGUAAUAUGCAGCGCUUGGAGCUUUCUCAUAACCAGUUGCAGAUACUUUCCCCUGUGGCAUAUGACAUACUGGGUUCCAUUGAUGUUAGGUCCGACCACUCCUUUCAUACUGUUAUAAUUGAGAACAACCCCUGGCAGUGUGACUGUAGGAUGCUUCCCUUUAGACAGAGGAUGAGCGGGUCCUACCCAUUUGAAGCCAAAAUCAGAUGUGCCGGACCUGGUAACUUUACAGGGCAAUACUUACGGGAUGUAAGUCCUGAAGACCUGAUCUGUGAGGAGACAACACCAGUCCACUCCACUUCGACCACCAAACGCAUUGUUGACUCUAAUCUUAGUUUGUCUAUAGAUGACAGUUCUUCUCCAUUUCCUCAGUCAGCAAAAGCACCAACAUUGCUCCUAACCUUACCCACCAACGCACCCGCUGUGGACACUAACCCGGGCUUGUCAACAGCCAGUACUGACUUUGCUUUUGGUUUUCAGUCGACAAAGACGGAUAGCAAUGCUGGUCCAACUGGAAAUGGCAUCUUCCUUUCUCUGCCCCUUCUUGCCACGCUGUGUGUCUUUCUUGGUCUAUUUAUUAUUUCCACUAUUGCUUUGACAUUAUGGUGCAUGUACAAGAGGAACACAGGCACAUCCACUGGCAAUAACCAGAUGAGGAUGCAUUCACUUACAACAGAUGCAAACGUAAACAGUCAAUUUGAAACAUCACAAUCCGCUACAGAAGACAGUCAGCUCAUUCCUAGAUUUCUAAUUGAUGACCCAGAGUACAAAACCAUAGGCGAAAUCAGCCAAUCAAACCGUCAACACCAAGGUACAGGCAACACACAGAGUCUUGACAGGCUUUGUCAUUCGGUUUUGCCCCCUCCCCUUCCCCCUGAAAAUCCAACUGGCCCUCAGGCUGAUGCCCAUAGUGAGUCAGGAGAUGCAGAUGGUGACACAUGGACAGACGAGAUGGAGUACGACGACGUCCUCAGUUCAUCUCAAAGACCUCAAUUAGGUUCAGAGCAAAUGCAGCAUCAUGACGAUUACGAGUUUCCAUCUCCCUCCCUGUGUCCUGAGAAUGGUGCCCAAUCACAAGCAAAAGAAGGUCCACAGUUCCAGUUGAUUUUUCCUCCUCUCCUUACACCAGAAGCCCGUAGUGAGUCAGCAGAUGCAGCUGCUCGCAAAGUCGGUGGCGGUGACACCAGGACAGAUGAAGAGUAUAACGACGUCCUCAGUCAGUCUCAAAGACCACAAGCAAAAGACAAGACAAGACAAACGCAGCAUCUCAGCAGCUUUAGCGAUGAUUACGAAGUUCCAUCUCCCUCCCUGGGCCCUGAAAAUGGUGCCUAUCCACAAGCUCAAGCAAGAGCAGAACCACAACCCCAUGAAUAUGAGAACAACCAGGUGAUAGCAGCUGCUAAAGAUGCUGAAUCUUGUUCCCAGGUCACCGUGAAUGAAAAUGAUGACAAUUCAGUUUUUAACCAACCCCAGACAGCAUCUGCCCCUGGUGCUGAUAGUCCAAACCACUAUGAACCCCUGAGGAACCCCAGUGGUCAGCAGCAGCACGACUGUACAUCCCUGCUGCCUCGUGACUUACAACAUUAGACAACACCUAACUUUAACUUUGAAGAUUGACACUGAUUGUCUCUGAGUAGGAGUCCCAACACCUCUAACCAGUAGAGAACAGAGGACCCUCAACCUACCCACUCUAGUAUAUCAAAUGUAGCGUGGAGACUUGUAAAUAGAUUCCUUGUUCAAUAUGAGAGAAACAACAUCUUUCAAGCAAAAACAGAACAAAAAUUCCAAGAAACUGAUAAACAUUUUACUCCAAAAUGGAUACUUUUCUUGUAAAUCAAUUGUACCUGUUAUUAUAUGUAUAAAAACAAACUGCGUGUGGAAUUUUUAAAGUUUUAUACCUUUCAAUAAUUUUAUAUUUACCAAAUGUUAGGGUGACAUGGAUAGUUUGAUUACUUGGUUAAAUACUUUGAUUACUUGGUGUUUAACACACGUGUGGAAUUCAUGUUUAAAGAUUGACUUUGAUUUGAUUCAUUUUGCUGAAAUUAAGAAUUUCACUGUACAAUUUAUAUUAGUUUCAUAUGAUACUGAUAACUGCAAUGUAAUAAUCCAUACACUCGUGAAUUGGUGAGUCAGAUUACAUAGUUAAAUUACAUUCAAUUUCAAUGAAAAAUAUGCAUAUUCCUGAUGAACGGACUUGCUUGGUUAAGGCAAAUCAUAGAUAACAGUCGCUAAGUGAUAUUAAUACUAAAUUGAAAUGUGCUCCUAUAUCAAACACAUGGAUGUUUUCUUGAGAUAUUUAAACUGUAGAAAAUGAGCAGAUAUUCACAGCAUUUUUACAAGUGCAACUCAAUUAUACUUUAGUAACAUCUGCAGUUGUAAUUAUGUGCUGGUGUGUUUGUAUUGUUUCCUGUAUCUCAGUGGAGUGUAGUUAAUAAGUAGGUUUGUUUUAGUUUGUGUUAUUGUCUGUAUCUCUGUGCAGCCAUCCCCAGUC